AUGCCCUCUUCUUAUACCUCACACUACCAAUCACCUUCUCCACCACACUGUUACCAACCAAAUGUUUGUAAUUGUGGUAGAAAUAAAGAAAACGAUUUGCUCAGUUGUCAAGUUUGUUUGUCUGGUAUUGACCUUGUGACUUGUGCAAGCAGCAGAGGUCUGACAGAAUCAGUGUUGUGUGCACUAAAACCUGUUGUCUGUAAACAGUGCAAUACUUGCUUUGCUGAUAACCUAUCAUUGUCGUCUCAUUUAAAGUUCUGCAAUGCCACUGAGGUAAGAAGUGUAGCUAUCAAGCCAACUUUGAUGACAGUACCUAGUUUAAAGGAAGCUUUACGUAGUAGAGGAUUAAGCACUGCAGGUACUAAGGAAAUUCUAGUUAAGCGCCUUGAAGGUGCAUUGGCUGGGGAGGGG